AUGUUGCGUCGCUACUUUAGCUCUUCGUCUGCUCUCGCUGCGCCUCGCAUGCUGAAACAGCAAGUACAAGGUCAACUAUCACUUCUCUCGGAGACAUCGUCAUCGUCAUCUCCCAAUACUCGCGUCGUGUUUGUAUCUCGUUCGUCAACGUCAGCGUUGCCCCAAUCGCUGCCAUUUCCCGUUUCUACCGCCGCUUUAAGCGAUUUUCAAGCGAAAAGUCAAGAAAAAAUGCUUUUGUAUCCAAGUGUGGACCACAGGAAAUUCAAGGACCAGCGCGUGCUACUUGUGGGACUUGGAGAUGCUGAUAAGGUGACGCCGAACGUCCUACGAGACGCUACACACGGCGCCUUGAGUGCAUUAAAAGCCAAACAAAUCAAAGACGUUGUAUUGCAGGUGCCUACACUUGAAGGUUGCAAGCUAAAGACCAAUCAAGUGGUGGAACUAUUGACGCAAGCUUCAAUGCUGUCGAAUUACCAGUUUGACCAGUAUCUGACGGACUCCAAGGACGCUCAUGGAGACAGUAAAUUACAUCUACCACUCGAGAAAAUCUACAUGGACACAUCAGUCGAAUAUCAACAAAAUGUAGUGGAGCAGGUGACGGUCGGUGAAGAAACCAUCUUUGCUCGGAAUCUCGGCAAUGAACGCUCGCACAUUGUUGAUCCGGCGUUUAUGGAGAAGAUGGCUCGUUUGUCAGCUGAUCUUCCCAAUAUGUCAGUUCGUGUCUUGCAGCAGGAGGAUUUGGUGAAGGAAGGCAUGAACAUGUUCUUGAGUGUAGGUCAGGCUGCUGUCUGUCCUCCUCGUCUUGUCAUUCUUGAGUAUCGUGGCAAUCAUAACUCGGAUGAAAAGAUUGCGCUUGUUGGUAAAGGCGUCACGUUUGAUACGGGCGGCUUGAACCUGAAGCCCACGGGAUCUAUUGAAGACAUGCACACGGACAUGUGUGGGUCGGCUGCUGUGCUUGGAGCUGUUCGUGCCGCUUCGCGCCAGGGUCUCAAGGUGAACAUCGUCUGCGCUCUUGCCCUAGCUGAGAACGCCAUUGGCUCCAAGGCCGUGAAGCCACUAACGAUUGUCAAGUCGCACAAAGGUAUCACGGUGGAGAAUAACAACACGGACGCUGAGGGGCGUUUGGUACUUGGUGACGCGAUGUCGUACAUUCAGAAGGAGUACAAGCCUAAGAAGAUUAUCGAUGUGGCUACACUUACUGGCGCGUGCGUGGUCGCUCUUGGCGAACACUGCGCAGGUUUGUUUUCCAACUCGGAUGAUCUGGCUGAGAAGCUGCAGGAGACAGGAACAAAGUGCCAUGAGCGCUGCUGGCGUCUGCCAAUUCUCCCCGAGCACACCGCUGCCCUCAAGGGCUCGCAGUCGGAUUCCCGUAGCACUGGUCGAGGUCGCUACGGUGGCGCCUCAACGGCAGCAGCUUUUCUACAGCAGUUCGUCUAUGAGGGUGUGGACUGGGCUCACCUUGAUAUUGCAGGACCGUCAAACUACAGCUCUGCCAAGUCGUACUUUCCUAAAGGAGCCACAGGCUUUGGCGUUCAGCUGCUCUACAGCUAUCUGAAGGAGCAUGAACAACAUUAG